CCUAAUCUUUAUUAUUAAAUAAAAGACAUAAAUUUUGAAUUUCUACUCAAAUAACUAACAAUUUGUAUUUUGUAAUCAUGUCAAUAAGUGAACUCCCUUGUGCUUACAUAUAUAGUUGUUGUGAUGAUGAUCCAUUGAAAAUAAUUAAAUUAUUGAGGAAUGAAGAAAAUAUUGAAAUUUGUAAUAAUGAAGAAAAUGUUUUAUCAAAUCGUUGGACAAUUGACUGCAAAUAUUACACUGCUGACAUAAAUUUAUGUACCUCCAUUAGUUUAGAUAAACUAUCUGAUCAAUUUGUACACAACAUUAAUGCUAUAAUUAUUCUUUUCAACAUUAAUAAGAGCAAUAUUAUGGAAACUAUGAAUACAUGCUUACCUUUAGUUGAGAAAAGUCAAGCGGAAGUUUUGAUACUAUUGAGUGAAAAAAAUAUAGAUAGUCAUUUGUCCAACAAUGUUUUUGAAUGGUGUCGAAAAAACCAUUUUGAAUUAAUUGUGCUUGAAGAAAUUGCUGAUGAAAUGGAUACAACUGGAAUUGAACGUGUUAAACAAGCUCUUUAUGCACAUCAUUGGCCAAAUCUUAAAGCCAAAUGUCAAAUAACAAAUCCUAGUGCAAAAUCAAUAAUUGAAGAUAGUGUAAUUAAUUCACAAUUAAGUGGAGGAUUAUCAGAUUUAAAAAUGGAUACAGAGCAAGAAGCUGAAUUGGAUAGUGAUUUAUUUACUGAGAUGUUUGAAGGAGAUUUUAAUUUUUUCAAGACUAUUGACAAAGUUAGAAAGUUGAAAGAACAAAUUUCUGCAAUGCCCGAUGAAGAAAGAAAAGAUGCUGCUGAAAAGACAUUGACAGAGUGUUGGAAAGCAUUUUUUGGAGAUGAUGUAGACUUUUAAGUAUUAUUUAUUACAUAGUAAAAUAAAAAGUAUUGUAUCAAUUAAAUACAUCAUAUAUAUUAUAGCAUCA